GAAAAUUAGCUAACAGUUUAAAAAUGCCCUCAUAUUGAAACCUACCUACCGCCAAUAACCUUCUUGUUGUCAUUUGUGGCUCCAAAGAUCAUCAACCACGGUUAGUCGGUGUUAUUGUGAAAGUAUUUAAAUUUAAUUUUUAAAAAUGGCAUCUUUAAAUGAAGAUAAAAUCAAGCAAAUGCAAGAUGAGAUGAGCAGAUUUGAGGAAGAAAUUGGGCUUCCACUUCCUGAAACAGCACCUCCUCCUCCACCUCCACCCAUUCCGUCUAUUGCUAUACCUGGACCAAAAGUUAUAAGUACCAAUACGUACAAUGAAGCUCAAAAACAACUUGCAGGCCUCCCGUCAUCUGUUGAAGCAGCGAUGGGAAUGCCCGCUCUGGGUGUCGUUCCACCACCUCCUCCACCGAUUCCUCCUCUUCCAUUUAUACCUCAUCAAGUUAGGGGUCUACCACCAAGGCCAUUGGACGGUUCAAGGCCUCCAAUGGAUUGGAGAGGACCAAUGCCACCAGUUCCACCAAUGCCUCCAGGUCCAAUGCCCUCUGGUCCUUUGCCACCUCCCCCAGGCUUCGGUAUGAUGGGACCAAUGGGUCCUCCUCAUAUGGGACCACCUGGACCAAUGGGACCUGGACCGAUGGGUCCAGGACAUUUAGGUCCGGGACCGAUGACUCAAGCGAUGGCACCACCUCCUCCUGUGCCUCCGAUGGGACCAGGUCCAGGAGGUCUAGGACCACCGAUGAUGCCUCCUUCCUUCAACGGCGCAGCGUUUCCACCUCACUUGAAUCCACCAAGAUUCGCCCCUCCCACUUCACAAGAAAAUAAACCCCAGCAACCUGUCCAAACUGUUUUAAGUGCCACUCCGAUGAUGUAUGUAGCUAAUCCGCAACUAGAAAUUGCUGCUAUCCAAGCCGAAAGUCAGAACACACAAGUUUCUCUACCGGAAAUUCCUAUGGAAGAUCCGAAAAAAAAUGUAAAAAAGUCUAAUAAAUCUCAAGAAGGUUUAUCGAACCAGGUCACAAAUAUGGGUGGCGGUUCUUCUAAAAAAGAUAAAAAGAAAAACAAGAAGCUUAUAAGAACCGCUGGCGGCCAGACUUGGGAGGACCCUACUCUUGGGGAGUGGGAGGAUGACGAUUUUAGGCUGUUUUGCGGGGAUCUUGGAAACGACGUGACCGAUGAAGUUCUUACGAGAGCAUUUUCAAAAUAUCCUUCAUUCCUGAAAGCCAGGGUGGUUCGGGAUAAGAGGACUAAUAAAACUAAAGGUUUUGGUUUCGUUAGUUUUAAAGAUCCACAAGACUUCAUCAGGGCGACUAAAGAAAUGAACGGUAAGUAAAAUAAAUCUUAUCUGAGUAAGGUGUGUAUUUAUUUCUCAAAAAUUUAUUCAGAACAGAUUUCUCUUUUUGUUUUUAAGAUAUUAUUUUCUUCUACUGUUAUUAUUUUUUUUAUUAUAAAAAAAAAAUUAUUACAAAUUAGAUAGCUUUGUUAUGAUAAUGCGUUCUUUGUUUUAUUUUGAUUUACCUUACUACUUUGAAAUUUAUUUUUUCUAUUGAUGGAAUUCAUAUAGAGAACGUUGAAAGGCAUCCCUUUUUCUACCCAUCCAUUAGGAUUUGAUCGGGCAUUUACUUUUUGUUUAGUGAUUAUAGUUCCAUUGCUUUCCAUGUUUUGUCGAUUCCUCUCAGUUCUUCGUAAUGUUAAUAUUCUGCUUAUCCUGUUAUGCUGCAUUAUCUUUUCUUCAAAACAUUGCGAUUGAAUGUAAAUGUUGAAAAAUACCAACAGAAUUCCGAAUAGUGAUUUGAUAUUCAUCGU